GGAUUCUCUCUUAAAUCUAACGCAAACCUGCAAAUGCAAUCAUCAUUCUUCGCUUCAAAACCAACCGUAAAGCUCACUUUCAAGUUUCUGCAUCAUGCUUAAGGUUCCAGAGCAUCAGGUUGCAGGUCAUCAAGCCAUUGAUGGAAAUCUUGGCCCCCUCGUAGAUGAUUCAGGACGUUUUUACAAGCCUCUCCAGGAAAAUGAACGCGGCACCAAGGAGCUGGCCUUCUAUCGAUCAUUAUCUUCCGACACACUGGUUCCGGACCACAUCCGCAGAUUCUUUCCAGUUUUCUAUGGCAGCCAACUCUUGGAGGCCUCCGACGGGUCCGGUUUACGCCCCCACCUAGCCCUGCAGGAUUUAGCCUCGAAUCACCUUAAUCCAUCUAUCUUGGAUGUUAAAAUGGGUUCAAGAACAUGGUACCCCGAAGCAUCCGAUGAGUACAUCCAAAGGUGCCUGGAGAAAGAUAGAACAACUACUACUGUGUCCCUAGGCUUUAGAAUAUCUGGAUUGCAGAUAUAUGAAAGCAAGGAAUCAGGGUUUUGGAAGCCUUCGAGGAAGGAUGUCCUUAAUUUUACUGCUGAAGAUGUUAGAUUAGUUCUGAGGAAGUUUGUUUCGUCGAAUUCUUCGGAUAUGAAACCGGAUUGUUGUUUCGCUCCCACCGUAUACGGCGGUCCUGCAGGGAUUUUGGAGCAAUUACUGGAGCUGAAAACAUGGUUCGAGGAUCAAACGAUUUUCCAUUUGAAUUCAACUUCACUUCUCAUCUUGUUUGAUAAGGAAUCAGUUUUGAAAGGAAGGACUCCGUUGGGUGAAGUGAAACUCAUCGAUUUCGCUCAUGUGGUGGAAGGCAAAGGUGUUAUUGAUCAUAAUUUCCUGGGGGGAAUCUGCUCUUUGAUCAAGUUCAUCUCCGAGGUGCUGUCGCCUAUUUGAAGGAAUAGACAACAGAAGCUGGUUCACAGAACCGGAGGAGAAAUGCUUGUCUAACAAUAAAUAACUGAUGCAAUUUUAUGUUUAGUGAGAUUGACAAUGAUGGAAAGGCUUGAAGCUCAUCAAUGCUUCAUUGUCCACAUGUAAUACCCUUUCUGUGGCUACUACGGAUUCACUUCUUUCAAUAGGCGGUAGCAAAGGAAGAAUAGCUAACGUUUCGUACCGGUUCCUUCCAUACCACUACUUCCUUCUACUCAAAGAAGAGGGAAAGACUUAUUCCACCUUCGCAUGCUUCUAAGAUGUCUCCUAAAAAGACUAUCCUUUAAGUAGGACAAGGAAGAAGUGAAAGUGAAAGUGAGACGAGCAGGUACGUUGAGUCAGAAUGUUAAUUAUAAGUCCAUAUACUAUGCUUCGGAUUCACUUCCUUCGCAUGCUUUGGAAUUUCGUACCGGUUAAGUAGGACAAGGAAGAAGUGAAAGUGAGACGAGCAGGUACGUUGAGUCAGAAUGUUAAUUAUAAGUCCAUAUACUAUGCUUUAAGUCCAUAUACUAUGCUUUGGAAUCUCUCCCUAGUCACAUAACUCUAGAGCGAUGAAGCAUUCUCCUCCAAAAUACGAUUACCAAUUGCUUUCGCGUAUUUAUUUAAGGCUUUCUAAAUCAUAUCAUUCUUAUUUCCUGUCCCCCACCUUUUUAGUACCAAAAGAAAACAGCUAAAGCAACCCUUUCUGCAGCUCCUGGAACAGCCGAAUAAUCUGGAGUUGCUCUCUUUCUCGUAUUCGAAGUGGUAGAGCGAGCUUAUGUGCUUUUCAUUUAAGGGAAUGGUCUUUCGCAAAAGAAGUGAGAAUCUCCUUCCACCUUUGAUUUGAUGAUAAUCGUAUCAUCCUUGCCCAAUCCGUUUAGCACGUAAUCUGUAGUCCGAUCGUCUUACAUAUGUAGUCCAGCCGGCCCUCAAUGUGGAUGAAGCCGCUUAUUUCCGUCCGAUGAUGCGUAGAAAAGAUUGAGUGAAAAUGAGAUCUACCCUUUUCUUAUAUAUGCAACCACCGGUGCCAGUUUUAGGGCUCAAUCAAGGCCUCGGAAGCAAUACAAGAUAUGGGUUCGUCAGACUUUAUCAUUCCUCCGGGUCAGAGGGAACUGCGAGACCUAGCUAACGCCCUUCUUCCAUGAUAGUAGGAAGGUAUACUAGAAGCCAAGAAGCUUGUGAACAAACCAGAGAGGGGAC